AUGAAUUGGAUAGUACCAGAAAAAUUCUUAGCGUUUUCGGGGCCAAGUACUGAGCCAGGAACUCUAUAUCAUGCACCUGAACGUUACCAUGAAUAUUUUAAAGAAAAUAAUAUAAGUACAGUCAUAAGACUAAAUAAAGAAUCUUAUGACUCGUCAAGGUUUACUAAGAUUGGUAUCAAUCAUUAUGAUAUUUAUUUACCGGACGGAAGUGUGCCAUCACGUAAAGUUCUCUAUCGAUUUUUGUACAUCAGUGAGGUAACAAAUGGACCGAUUGCAGUUCAUUGCAAGGUAAGAAAAUAA